AUGGCCAAGAUCAUCCUCUCCGUCAAUGCCGGUUCAUCGUCGGUCAAAAUCACCUUCUACAAAUCGCAGCACCCUCCAUCCCCGAUAGUAGACGCACAAAUCUCAGGAAUCACAUCGCCGCCGCAGACCCUCAAAUACAGCAAAAGCUCUGGCGAUAAAAAAGAGAAACUGGACGAAAAUCUCGAUACUCCGCCCAAGGCAUUCAAGUACUUGUUAGAGCGAUGUCUCUCAGAUACGGAGAUUUCGGAGAUAGCCAACGUUGACGAUUUGGCCUGUAUCUGCCAUAGGGUAGUACAUGGUGGAGACUACGAAGAUUCAAUCGAAAUAGAUGAUUCAACAUAUCACCACUUGGAGAAGAUCGAAGACCUGGCACCGCUACACAACUUUUCAGCUUUAGAGAUCAUUCGCGCAUGCCGGAAAGAACUGCCCAACGUGAGAAACAUCGCACAUUUCGACUCGGCGUUCCACCGCAGCCUACCAUUGCACGUCCGAACUUAUCCCAUCGACCAGGAGAUAGCGAAGAAGAACGGAUUGCGCAAAUACGGAUUCCAUGGCAUUAGCUACUCGUUCAUUCUUCGAUCCGUCGCCCAAUUCCUCGGUAAGCCUAGGGAUCAAACCAAUCUCAUCGUCAUGCACAUAGGGAGUGGAGCAUCAAUCUGUGCCAUCAAGGAUGGGAAGUCUAUUGAUACCUCUAUGGGUUUAACCCCUCUAGCCGGACUGCCCGGUGCAACUCGAAGUGGUGAUAUCGACCCAAGUCUCGUAUUUCACUAUACAAGCGACGCCAGUAGCCUCAGCCCUGCAAGCACCAAAGAAAUGCACAUCAGUACAGCCGAAGAAAUCCUAAACAAAAAAUCCGGCUGGAAAGGUCUAACAGGCACCACGGACUUUGCGCAAAUAGCAGUUGCGAAUCCACCCACAGAAAAUCACAAGCUAGCUUUUGAUAUCGUUGUUGAUAGGAUAUCAGGAUAUGUAGGCAACUACUACGUCAAGCUGCAGGGCAAAUUGGACGCAGUGGUGUUCGCUGGCGGUAUCGGAGAGAAGAGCGCCCUAUUACGACAAGCGGUUACUCAGCAGUGCAACUGUCUUGGAUUCGACAUUGAUUCGGAGAAGAACAACAAGGGUGUUGCCAAUGAUGAUCCGGUGACCGAUAUAUCAAAUUCGGACACGGGAUCUCGAGUUUUGGUCUGCCAAACCAACGAACAGUUUGAGAUGGCCUAUCACACUCUCGAGGAGUUGAAGAUGGUGUGA